ACAAGGCGAAGAAGAAGACGAGGAAGACGAAUGGUCAAUCAUGAAAUUGCCCUAUACAAACAGUGGACAGCAAAGUCAGUAGGAUGUUGAUUUGGGGAAGUUAGAAGUUGCCAUUUAGAUUCUAGAUCUUGGCUCUUGGCCGUUUUGUUUCGCCUCUAGACAUAUUUCAAGUUUUCUCGUUCUCAUGUUCUUCACUAAGACUAUCAAACAGUAGCAUUUAAUUCUCAGAACCGUCGAUAUCUUGGCAUGCAUAGUGCGUUGAUAGUGUCCAUCAUAUCAUACCCGUCGAAAUUGCGUGCUGGAGGCAGUCCGGGGUGUUAGAGACCGAAAUAGUCCGAUGCGGACCGAACACCACCGUUGUCGCGGAUAACGACUUCCUAUGAUGUAAAUACAUUAUUCACGUGGUUUUCACGACCGAUCGCGGCUGUACCAUAUUCCUAGGUUUUUGAUUAUUACACUUACCCGCCGAUGCAAGGUGGUCCUGGCCGUCGCGCGUGAAGAUACGUUGGAUCCUAGCAGAAGCCCAUUCAACAUGACCACUUCAUUCGAGAGCAUACCCAAGAUAGACCUCUCGCUAGCAAACAAUCCGGACACACUUCCCCAAUUACUCGCGGACCUGCAUCACGCUCUCGUCGACGUCGGCUUCCUCUACGUCUCCAACCAUGGGGUCCCAUCAUCCGUCAUUUCAGAUCUCGUGAGCGCACUACCCAAGCUUUUCAGUCUCAACGAAGCCGCCAAGCGCGCCGUGGCGCUCGAGAACUCGCCGCACUUCCUAGGAUACAGCGGGGUGGGCACCGAGAACACGGGCGGUGCCGCCGACUUGCGCGAACAGUUUGAGUUUGCGACGGAGCUGACGGCGACCUGGCGCGAGGGGUUGCCGUUGUACGAGCGUCUGCGGGGUCCCAACCAGUGGCCAAACAGCGAUGCCAAGUUGCGCAAUGUCAUAGAGAGUUACAUAUCCGAGCUCUCGCAGCUAGGUGAGCGAUUCCUCGACCUCGUGGCCCGAGCCCUCUCGUUGCCGAGCGGGACAUUCAAGCCGUUCCUCUCAGACCAGCACCGCCUGAAGCUCGUGCAUUACCCGGAAAGCUCCUCGAGCCCCCCCGGUCAAGGCGUCGGACCGCACAAGGACUCAUCCGGCUGGUGGACAUUCCUCCUCCAGGCCUCGCCGCCAGAGGUGAAAGGCCUCCAAGUGCUCAACAAAUCCGGGUCAUGGAUCGACGUGCCCGUCGAGCCAGGGACAUUCGUAGUGAACAUCGGGCAGGCCUUCGAGGUCGUCACAGGCGGUGUAUGCAAAGCUACAACGCACCGGGUCCUCUCCGGACAGCGCGAGAGGUUCAGCGUGCCCUUCUUCCAGGGCGUCAGGCGAGAUUUAACAAAGGCCGAGGCCGUCGGCGCCUUACAGUCGCACUUCGCAGGCAUGAUAGGCGACGAGUCCAGCGAAGGCAGCCAGAUCGAUUCUGCCUUUCUGCGAGGCAAAUAUGAUACCUGGGGUGAGUCGCAGUUGCGCACAAAGGUCCGCAGUCAUCGGGAGAACGGCAAGAAAUACUACAGCGAAGUAUAUGAGAAGUAUAUAAAUGAUGAUCUUGCUUGAGACUUUGGAGAUUGGGUUGCAUCGGAGCCUACCUAUUACACCAAAGCUUGCGCUGGCAGCAGCAGCCACCAUACUCAAAAUUAGAGCG